ACGGGUUGGUCGGACAUGCAGACCACUGUGCGGGAGUUCGACACGGAGAAGGUCAAAGCAUCCAAGGAAGAUAUAGAUGCACUACUUCUUUUCGCUGGCCUGUACUCCGCCGUUCUUGCGGCAUUUUCGGUGUUUUCUAUCGGGUUUCUCCUGCCUGAUCGAGGAGCUGAAACUGUCGUACUCUUGCGAGAGCUUGUCUCUCAAGGCGCAGCAUCAGCUGGACAAGCCGUUCGGCGCACAAGACGCUUGCCUCCGGCAGUCACCGAUGAUUCUGACUUCGUCGCUCCGACAUGGGCUGUCCGGGUCAACAUUCUUUGGUUUGCGAGCCUUGUCAUAAGUAUGGCCACUGCGUCCUAUGCUAUUAUGGUCAAACAGUGGCUUACGGAGUACCUUGCGAUGGAAUACGCAUCUCCUCAAGAACGGCUUCGCGCUCGUCAAUAUCGGUAUCCGGCAAUGAAGUCAUGGCAUGUCUUCAGCAUCGCGGCCCUUCUUCCUCUCCUCCUUCAGCUGUCCCUGGGACUUUUUUUUAUUGGACUAUGCUACUUCACAGCUGCAUUCAACCGUCAGCUUGGCCUCACGACUCUACCACUUGUUAGCGGCUGGAUUUUCUUCUUUGGUAUGGCCAUAAUCUCCCCCCUUCUUUCGCCUCGUUGCCCUUUCAAGGUCACGCUUCUCAAGCAUACCAUGAAGACUGGUCGUGAACAUUUCCCGUUCCUCCCGACACUC